ACAUAAUCAACGUGCAGGCCACGUGUCGCGCGCAGGCGAAGACGCAAGGCAUCUUCUCCAUCUCCUUCUUCGUCAAGGUCUUCUCCUGUUGUAAUAAAGAAAACUCCGCCACUGAGCUCCCCUCGAUUCGAUUUUAGGGUUUUUUUUUUUUUUCUCUCUCUGCUAAUCUCUCUCGCAGCGCGCGAGUCUUCAGCUCUUCUUCCCACUUCCCUUGAUCGCCGGUCGACGUUCGCAUCCGAGCAGAGGCACAGGGAGAGGAGACUAUGUCAAGUAGCAGAAACACCCAUUGGUGUUACCAAUGUAGACGACCAAUACGAUUACGAGGUCGAGAUGCAGUCUGCCCCUAUUGUAUUGGAGGAUUUAUUCAAGAACUUGACCUGGUGCACAUUAACCGACUCGAUUUCUUUGGACUUGGUGAUGAAGGUCGUGACCCACACUAUCGGAUGAUGCAGCAAGCAUUCUCAGCAUUGGUAGGGCAGCGGUUGGCAGAUAGAAGCCAUAGCCAUGGCAUCAGGGGCAGAUCUGAUCUAUUUUCUGAGCGUGACUCUGGAGUUAGUCCUUUUCUGAUAUAUGGCGGUCCCGUGAGAUUGUCUGCAAGUAAUGGAAUUGAGGCCCUUUUUAAUGUGGUUCCUGGAAUUGGAUUGACAAGGGGUAACGUGGGCGACUAUUUUAUCGGGCCUGGACUAGAAGAAAUGGUUGGACACCUUGCUGCUUCUGCUAAUGAACAUCAGGGCCCUGCUCCUGCGGCGAGGCCUUUGAUCGAUUCCAUGCCCACUAUUAAGAUCUUGCAGAGGCAUCUUCGCUCCGAUUCACACUGCCCUGUUUGUAAAGAAAAAUUUGAGCUUGGAUCAGAUGCAAGGCAAAUGCCAUGCAGCCAUAUUUAUCAUUCGGAUUGCAUUGUCCCAUGGCUACUCCAGCACAACUCAUGCCCUGUUUGCCGCCAAGAACUGCCGCCCCAAGGAUCGAGCAGCAGUCGUCCAACUGCUGCGAAUCGGAGCAGCAGCAAUAAUGGCAACACCAGCAGGAGGGAGAGUCAAGGAAGGAGGAAUCCCUUCUCGUUCUUGUGGCCAUUCCGUUCAUCGAAUUCCAGCUCUCAGAACAAUAGACACAGCCCUAGUAACUCCUCGACUGUGCGUGAAAAUAACCACCACCAGAUGGAGUACUCUGAAUGGCCUUUUGACUGAGUCGAUGCGCCGUCCGUGCAGUCCGUGGUUGCUUUGUAAUUCUGAUAACAAUUCAUGGUAAGAGAAUUGCUUGUAAUGGAAUUGGCUUUUAGAGAUUGUGUGCUGUUUCUAGUACGAUACUCUUUUCUCUUCUGCCGUUUCUGUAAAUCUACUCGUUUGGUAAAAUUCUGUCCUAGGCAUUUUCGGCUGUGAUCUGUACUAUGUGCUCUUAAAGGCUUG